UAUUUAUUAUAUUGAUACGUUAAAUUGGUUUUUUUGUGCUCUAAGUCGUUUUAUAAUCAUCAAAGUUCUUCCGAUAUGGAAUUGGAGAUAUCUUGGAAAUGCAAGAUGCUUAAUCGCCAAAGCUGAAAAUCCACCACAAAGGUUCAAAUCAAACAAUUUUAAUGCGAAAAACUGCCGCGCUUGUGAACAUUUUAACGUAAUUGAUGCAGUUGAAAACACCAAGUAUAAUCUGCUUUACAACAAGUAUCUGCUUCGGGGUUUGCCUGUAAUAAUAACUGAUUCUGUUGAAAGCAACGAGUCUUCAGAAUCUCUCGCAAAGUUUCUUGGCCAUUUAUAUUCCAACAUGAGUAGCAUAGUCGAACAUAAAGCUUGUGACUUGGAAACAAACUUAAUGAUAACACAACGUGCAGACAUAGAAAAAGCGUUUAGAAUUCUACGAGAAUAUAACGACUUGACAUCAUGGUUUUUGUCCUUUCGAACAUGCAGAUUUCAAGCACUGAAAGCAUCGCGAUUGAUUAUGAAAAAACCAUAUUUUUACCCGAAAAAUUUACAAGCUCCUUCAACUGCGUGGGUGUUGCUGUCAGAUAAUUAUGAAAGUGAUGAGAGUAGCUUAACUUUCUUUGGACUAAUUAUAGUAUCUCAACUGAAAGGAACAUUGAAAAUUCAUCUCAAACCCAAAGAUGU